AAUGAAGAUCAAAUAUAGAUAUCAAAUAUGGGUUCCUUUUUUAUAAAGAAGGAUCGUUAAUGUAUAUUUUCCAUCCAUAAGCACUUUAAAACUUUUAAUGUUUUAUUAUUUUGCAAGAAAAGUAUCAUAUGAGAUUGGAUUGAAAAUGGGCAUUUGUCUUAGUGUGAAAAUUAUAUAACAACAUAAUGUUUAGGAUAUUGAAGAAGGAGGAGCUUGUUAAAAGUAAAAGAAAAUGGAAAAUAUGAAAGAGUUGCAAGAAGAUGCUUAUAGAAUUUGCAAAUUUCGAGAUAUUGGUUGA